AUUAUCCAUGCGGCUAUGAUUUGUAGUUGCGUGUAAUACGUAACGUUUUAUAGCACCGGUUAAAUGUGAAUAAUUAAUAAGUAAGUGUCCUGUGAUUAGAGUAACGUGGACGUGUGUGGUCCGUAUCGAACGUUAUCGACGAUUCUUUUGUUACACAUUGCGUGUCCGUUCGACACGUCUUUAUGGCAUUAUUAAUAAAGUCCGCCAUUAAUUACACUCGCGCGACUGGUCUGGUUAAACAUUUAUUCGUUCCACAGUUAAACGCUGCUCUCAGUCUACAAACUUAUUCGUCCGAAGCCGCCGCCACGAUGAAUGAACACGAAAUCGUUCCCGACGUCAUUGACGUUGCACCUAGUGAAAAAUUGGAAGUGUCUUACCCCAGUGGAGUUACUGUUGAUAUGGGUAAUGAACUCACACCUACUCAAGUGAAAGAUGAACCAUCGGUAAACUGGUCAGCUGAUUCAAAUGCUUUCUACACUCUUUGUAUGACAGAUCCUGAUGCACCAAGUCGUAAGGAACAUACAUAUAGAGAAUGGCAUCAUUGGUUAGUUGGAAAUAUUCCUGGUAAAGAUGUUAGUAAAGGUGAAACACUCUCUGAGUAUGUAGGAUCUGGACCACCGCCUAAAACAGGACUUCAUCGUUAUGUAUUUUUGGCUUAUAAACAACCAUCAAAGUUGACUUUUGAUGAACCACGUUUAACUAAUAGAUCUGCUGAAAAACGUGAAAAAUUCUCUAUUGCUCAAUUUGCACUUAAAUACAAUUUGGGAAAUCCUGUAGCUGGAAAUUUCUAUCAAGCUGAGUAUGAUGAUUAUGUACCAAUACUUUAUAAGCAACUUGGUGCUUAACUAAAAAUAUAAAAA